CUGGAGCUCUGAUGUUUGCAGAGUGGAGUUGAGUCACCCAGGGGUGUGGUUACCCAGAUCUCCCUCUCUUUCUCCUUCCUUCCUCCUUUCCUUCUUUCACGUUCUCUCUGUCAGGCUUGGGAGUGUCAGGAAUCCACUUCACAACAUCAGGUUGUGAACAACUGUGAAGAUGGAGGUCCUCUCAGAAUGGGGGCAGCGCUAUCAAGAAUUCAUGAAGGGAGCAGAUCCCAGAAUUGGACAAUACCCCCUGAUGCACUCCCCGUUCCUGGCCGGGGCCAUCCUGCUGUUCUACGUCUAUUUCGUUCUGUCCCUGGGGCCGAGAAUAAUGGCCAAUCGGAAGCCCUUUGACCUCAAGCCAUUGAUGGUGGUCUAUAAUUUCAGCCUGGUCGCCCUGUCUGUUUAUACCGUAUACGAGUUCUUCAUGUCGGGCUGGUUGACUGGAUACACCUGGCGUUGCGACCCUGUAGACACCUCCAAUUCGCCAACGGCUCUAAGGAUGGUCCGGGUAGCUUGGCUCUUUCUGUUCUCCAAGUUUAUAGAAUUGUUUGAUACGGUUUUCUUUAUCCUGAGGAAGAAGAACGGUCAGAUCACGUUCCUACACAUCUUCCAUCACUCGGUGCUGCCCUGGAGCUGGUGGUGGGGCGUGAAGUUCGGCCCAGGUGGUAUGGGAUCCUUCCACGCCAUGAUCAACUCCAUGGUCCACGUCAUCAUGUACUUCUACUACGGCCUGUCUGCUGCCGGACCGCGCUUCCAGAGGUUCCUGUGGUGGAAAAAGCACAUGACCGCCAUUCAGCUGAUCCAGUUCGUCCUGGUCUCCAUCCACAUCACUCAGUAUUACUUCAUGUCCUCCUGCGACUACCAGUUCCCCAUCUUCAUCCACCUCAUCUGGAUCUACGGCACAGUCUUCUUCAUACUCUUCUCUAAUUUCUGGUACCAGGCCUACACCAAAGGACGACGUCUCCCCAAGACCACCAGCAUCUCCGCCAACGGAGCCGUACACCACAACGGCAAAGCCAAAAACGGCAAAGCCAAGGAGAACUAAACAUAAAAUCAAAAAAAAUAACCUCUCCAAGACCGACGUCCGAGAUCUCCCGAAACCUCACACCAGGUGGAAAUGUCAGAAGACGGAUGUCACCAACUUAUAUAUAUAUUUUUUUUUUGUAUUUUUAAUUAUUAUUUUUUCUUAAACCGAGAAACCCAGUUUGUACGACGAUGGCCAGUAACCCUGCCGUACUGGUUUCCGUCUUCAUCUGGGGCGGCUUACACCAGCCAAAAAAAAAAAAAAUUUAAGUGCCUAAAGAGACUGUAUGAAAUGCGUUUGUCUGACUCCCUACGUCCACCGCAUCCUCUAAGUGUCUCCAGCCUCGAGCUGCUCUCCAGAUCGCACAUUAAAAAAAAAAAAGAAAAAAAACCAAACUCCUGGGCCGGCUCCUUCUCCCCGACAUCCCCUCCUUGUCUUUCUUUACUCUGUACUGUAGUCCCGCUACGAUCUCCAAGGAUCUGGAUUCCUUUUUCUACUUUUACCUUUGCAUCACAUUCCAAUAAAUCUCAAACACCCAGAGGUCGAGCUGGGCGGCGGCCCCUUUUAACCCCGGUCUCCUGGGCGAGCUGGGCGGCGGCCCCUAUUAACCCUGGUCUCGCCCUUUAUUUUUUGUGGGAUUUUUUUUCCUUUUUUGCACUGGGUUUCAUUCAGACAUCUUUGCCCAGCUUGUUAAAGGUGCAGGAAUCCUGAAAUACUUGAAUAUCGGGACGUUUAAUGUGUUUUUAUUAUAGCUUUCUAUGUAAUUUGUUUUUUUCUGUUUGAAGGAGACGACAGUAUUUGUGUGAUUCUGGGUUUUUCUGUAAUUUUUUUUUUUUGGCAAAAUUUUGACAAAUUUGCAUAAUUUUGAUGGGGGGGAGGAAAUGUCUGCUCUUUCACUCACCUAGCUUGCAUUCACUAGUGUUUCCCAACCAGUGUGCCUCCGGCUACUGCAAAACUACAACUCCCAGCAUGCCCGGACAGCCUUUGGCUGUCCGGGCAUGCUGGGAGUUGUAGUUUUGCAACAGUGUUAGGCACCCCUGGUUGGAAAACACUGCCUUAUACCUUAAUUCACCUCGAUGUCCCGUCCAUACUUUCCUUUUCCUGAUACGUUUCACCAUGUUCUAUGGAUAUAUAUAUAUAUAUAUAUAGUAACACUGUAAUACUGUUAUCUGCUGCUGCGGGGUGUAUCUGGCAAAGUGUCCCCGCAGCAGCAGAGGCCGGUUCAUUAUAAUCACUUUGUAUAUUUAGUUAAAAAAAUAAUUAUUUUAUUAUAAAUAAAAAAAUAUUCAGCA